UGCAAACUAUCCGCAAACGCUGUCGAUGAUAACUCAGAAUCGUGUCCUUAAAGUGCUUGCUUCGUUAACAAUCUUCUAGAGUUGAAAUUGAAUAUUAUUGUAUGAUUUAUCUUUCAAGUAGCACGUUGCUUCGCGGAUCCUUCCCAAUUAGUGUCGAUUGAAUGGUAGAUCUACGGUUGCUUUCAGAAAUGGAAUUGAAGGUUUGGAUUGUUGCGUGCUUCCCUUGAUUUUUUCAGUUGAGGGAUUUUGGAGUGCUCAAUUGCCAUUUCGGAAAUUAAUAGCUGCUGUUUAGAUAUACUUUUGAUUCAGAAGUCGUUUUGGACCAUCUGGGACGGAAGUAAUUUAACUUAGCAGAAAGAAAUGAGGAGGGUUUUUGGGGUUAAGAAGGACAAGGAACCUCCUCCAUCCAUUCAAGACACAACUGAAAGGAUAAACAAACGGGGUGAUACAGUUGAGGAAAAGAUAAGGAAACUUGAUGCCGAGCUUGCUAGAUAUAAAGAACAAAUAAAAAAGACUAGGCCUGGUCCUGCUCAAGAGGCUGUGAAGGCUCGGGCUAUGAGGGUGCUCAAGCAAAAGAGGAUGUAUGAGGGACAGAGGGACAUGCUUUACAAUCAAACAUUCAAUUUGGAUCAGGUUUCUUUUGCAGCAGAGGGCAUAAAAGAUGCUCAGCAGACGGUAGCUGCCAUGAAAUCUGCCAACAAGGAACUUAAAGGAUCACUUAAAACUAUGAAGAUUGAAGACAUUGAUAAUAUGCAAGAUGAAAUGAUGAAUUUAAUGGAUAUAAGUUCUGAAAUCCAAGAUUCACUUGGGCGAAGCUACAGUGUGCCAGAUGACAUUGAUGAGGAUGAACUAAUGGGUGAGCUAGAUGCGUUAGAAGCUGACAUGGGCUCAGAGACCAACACUGAUAGUAUGCCUGCAUAUUUGCAACCUGAUAAAGAUUCUGAUCUGGAUACUGAGCUCAACUUGCCUUCAGCGCCUUCUGGUCAUUCAUCAACUCCUCCACAAGCGAAUCCUCAGGCUACAGAUGAGUUUGGGCUGCCAACAGUUCCAAGGGCCUCACUUCGGUCAUAGAAUGAAAAUCUCCAAAUUACUGGAUAUCUAUUAUAAUGCAUUUCUAGCCUGCCUGUCAUAAUAUCCUACUGUGUACAGAUAAAUAAUGACAUUCUUGCAGUUGCCAUUGUUUUUUAUGUUAGAUUUUUGCUGUUGGUUUCCUGUAUCUUCUGUCUUUCUGGUUUACUGGAACUAUCAGUGUCUGCUGAAGGGUCUUAUGUUCUUGUGUGAACACGAAAAAGUCCAGGCUACUUGAUCUAAAAUGUUUACAAACAUGAUUGAGACAAUGUCACUUGCAUAUCUAGAAGUGCUGAAAAAUGUUGGAGAUUUUAAACUA